ACAGGAGCGCGCUCAAAUUGUAACCUUGGUACUUAUUAAACAACGACACUAAGAAUUGUGAAAGGCGAUAACGGGUUUUAAGACAGAUUUCUAUUUUAUCCUCUGACUUUUUAUUGUUAAAAACGUCUGGCUUUGCUUCCUUUUGUCAUAUGGAACACAGCGGAGCGUUUUGCAUACCUGCCAGAGAUUAUAAGGAAAAGCAAACGCGCUCUUGAGUGGAAAGGUGGUUCCUUUAAGAAGGAGUUGGCCACUGUUGAAUAGACGAGACAGUUUUGAAUGAUCGGACCUUAUUUGGUUUGAGUUAUCAUCUGGAAUUCUGCGUCAAAACUGGGAUCUAUGAGCGGGAAAGCUUUACUCAAGACUAAAGAAGACAAGGAUGCAACCAAGGAGCCCCAGCUCAAGGGGAUAGUCACCAAGCUCUACAGUCGCCAAGGUUUUCAUCUUCAACUACAGGCUGAUGGGACCAUUGACGGUACAAAGGAGGAAGAUAACAAUUAUGCUAUUUUCAACCUCAUCCCUGUUGGGCUACGGGUGGUGGCCAUACAGGGUGUCCAGACAAAACUCUACCUGGCCAUGAACAAUGAAGGCUUCCUUUACACCUCUGAGCACUUCACGCCAGAGUGCAAAUUUAAAGAGUCCGUGUUUGAGAACUAUUACGUGACCUACUCGUCAAUGAUCUAUCGGCAGCAGCAGUCAGGCCGAGCCUGGUACCUGGGUCUCAACAAAGAAGGUCAAAUCAUGAAGGGCAACCACGUAAAGAAGACCAAGCCGGCUGCCCACUUCAUCCCCAAACCUCUCAAAGUUGCUAUGUACAGAGAGCCGUCACUCCACGAUCUGACCGAGUUGUCACGCUCGGGAAGCGGCACCCCGACCAAGAGCCGGAGCGCCUCGGCCAUGCUCAACGGCGGCAAGACUUUGAGCCAGCAUGAGUCAACAUAACCGCCGGGCACAACUGCGAUCUGCUGCUGUAUGGCUGCUGGACUCUACCACCAACUAAACAGCACAAAUGUGUUUACAAGAGUGCGGCGAAACCCUUUGCUGGUCGCUAGCAAGUGUUUCCCGAAAUCACUGUGAUGAGAACUCAAUUGUGAAAUCUUUCCAAGAAAAUCUACACUGUACAAUCUUCUGCAGGUCAAAAUUGUGACAAACAAAUCAAGCCAUCUUACUGACGUGGGGAUCUGCGUUUGUGGGCAAUCCCGUUUCCAUGUGUAGCAUACAGAGCUGUGGGUCUUUGCCUCUUCCACGAGAAACUUCUAGAACACUUACUUUUGUGUUUUGCUCCAUUUUUUCCUAGGGAUGCUAACUCAGUAGUGCAGAGUCAGCUACAACAUGACACUAGCAGCUUGUGAGACCCAUUUGAAACAGAAUUCCAAAGGUUUUAGACGUAUUAUAAAAGUCUUUCAACAUAGCCUUUUUGAUGCAGCGGUUCAUUGUUGUGUGCCACUUAGGGGAACCGUGAUGGCUCUCGCAUCUUUUUUUUUUUAGCUUUCCAUCACACAGUUUUGCCAAUUAAACAGAUUAAGGGUUUGGUCUGUCUGCACACCAAAGAUGUCAUUAGUCUGUUGUGAGUUGUUCAGAGGUAAGAUAACUUGUGUCACGUUGGCUUUCUCAGCCAAACGGUUGAGAAAACCGAAAGAAUGAAUGUCACAUAGGAGUAUUUGACGGCUAUUAUUUUAUUGUCCUUGCUUUUCAUGUGUGUGUGCGUUUUGUCUAUUUUUUCUCUUUGUCUGACUUCUCUUCUCAUUUUGGAAUGCAGGAGAAAAACUUAAAUCUAAAUUAUUGAUCAGUAUAAACCCUCUAAAUAUAAAGUAUAAAUAUUUUUGUCCCCCCAGGCCUUUGCUGUUUUUUUGUAAAGAAAACUGUAAUAAAACCAAGCAAGAAAAACCAUCCAUUGCUUCAACAGGGCUAAAUGAGCAUCAAUAAAUCACUCAUGGAUGAACAUUUAUUUCUGUUGAAAUCUAUUUUAUAGUCCUCAGUGGUCAGGCAGCAACCCUCGGUUAUAAUUUUGUUUAUUUUGUUUGUGCAUAUUUAAUGCAUGGAGGAAAGUGGACGCUGCAUGUUGUGUGGCUAUGUAUAUUACUAUUAAUAUGGAACCAUGUGAUUGAAUGGAUACUGGAGUAAAAUACAAAUGUAUAUAUAUACUGUAUAUAUAUAUAUGCAUUUUAUCCUGCUACCUGCCCGUUUAUUAUUUGUUGUACAUUUAAGAAGCUGCACUAAAUAAAAUGUUUUGUAUGUU